CUCUUCUCGUCGUUUCCCAAUCGAAUUACUGUAUUUGUGCUUCUAACGGCCAUGAGUCGCACCGACGUUUGGCGUCCCGACGACAAAGCCGCUCCUACGCCUGUCGCUCCAGGUAGCGUAUACCGUGAAGAUAUUCUGGAGACUAUCGAACAGACAAUCAAAAACCUCGAUGACGAGCUACGAGCUUUGAGCAUGGACAUUCACGACCAUCCCGAGCUCCGUUACGAGGAGCGGCAUGCGCAUGACGCCCUGACGGCCUUUAUGGAGAGCCAUGGAUUUAACGUGACACGGCACUACCACUUAGAGACAGCGUGGCUUGCGAGUUUCACUCACGGUAACGGCGGCAGGACGAUUGGAAUUAAUUCAGAGAUGGAUGCUCUGGAGGGAGUUGGCCAUGCUUGUGGCCAUAAUCUCAUCGCCAUUGCUGGAGUUGCCGUUGCUUGCGCGAUCAAGGCAGCCUUCGAAAAGUUCGAUAUUAACGGCAAAGUCGAACUCCUGGGCACUCCUGCGGAAGAGAGUGGAAGCGGCAAAGUCAAGCUCUUGGACGCUGGGGCAUACAAAAAUAUAGAUGCUUGCUUAAUGUGCCAUCCAGCACCUGGGCCAAUUGGGUCGGUCAGUCUAUCAAGUUGCCUCGCGCUGGAGCGAAUCCAGGUCGAGUAUUUCGGUCAUACGGCCCACGCAGCCCUAUCGCCCUGGGAAGGCAAAAAUGCUUUGGACGCGGCGGUUCUUGGCUACAAUAAUAUAUCCGCUCUUCGUCAGCAACUUCGCCCUACCCAUCGUGUUCAUGGAAUCUUCGAAGGCAAAGAUUGGGCCCCAAACAUUAUUCCUGACUACGCCAAAUUCAUAUGUUUUGUUCGAGCACCCACAAGGGCGGAGCAACAACAAACGAUGAAACGGGUGUUGCCUUGUUUCGAGGCUGCCGCUCUUGCAACAGGAUGCACGCACAAGGUCACUUCCCUUGGUGCCACUUAUGACCUUCGCCAGAAUAAGGCCCUUGGAAAUGAGGUUGCCCAUAUUGCUUGCAGCAAGUAUGGACAGGUCGAUUACGAAUGGGGAAUCAAGAGCGCUUCGACUGACUUUGGAAAUGUAACAUAUGCGCUGCCGUCUCUACAUCCUGGCUUCGCUAUACCAAGCAUUGUUGACGGUGGAAACCACACACCUGGGUUUGAAAAGGCUGCGGCCACCGUUGCCGCCCACCAUGCGUGCCUUGAUGUCUCCAAGGCACUUGCUGCGACGGGUGUUCGCGUUGUUAUCGACGACGAGUUUUACGCAGAGGUGCGUAAGACAUUUGAAGAGGACAAGACCGUCAGGGAUUUGGUCUAA